AUGAACGCCACAGUAUCUGCAGUCAAGAGGAGGGCAUGCGUAGCGUGUACGGCUGCCAAGGCAAAAUGCACGCCGCAGACCACCAACCUGUGCCAGCGGUGCGCUCGUUUGGGCAAGUCAUGCACAUACCUCGACCUUCCGCAGACGAGGCGGAAGCACAGAGCUGGACCUAACCGUGUGGAUGUGCUUGAAAGGAAGGUCGACCAGCUGAUGUCGCAGCUGGCUGUCUUGACUCGACAGAACGCGCAGGCGACAUCGCCCGAUACUUCUUCUAAUCCGUUCAUCGACGACUUGGGCUCAUCUCAUGACCCCGUGCUGGACUCGACUGACAUCGAUGCGCUGCUAGAUGCUGCCAAAGACCCGUCACACGGCCUCGAGCCACCAACCAGCUCUGCUCUGGAGGGCCAACCGUCUAUUGUAGAUCGAGGGCUUUUGAGUGAAGCCGAGGCUGAACGCUUGCUUACGACAUUCCAGCUUGACCUGGUUCCCAAGUUCCCCUUUGUAUUGCUUGCACACGGUGAAACAGCCGCUCGCCUCAGGGACCGAGAGCCUUUCCUCUUUUUGUGCAUCGUGGCCGCGGCAAUGAGCGGUACGCACCGUCUGCGCAAAAUCGUCGCCGAGGAGAUUAUGAAGCACGUUACGCUAAGGGUUGUUGCACGGUCCGAGAGGAAUCUUGAGUUGCUCCGUGGUCUAUUGGUUCACAGCGCAUGGUACUCGUAUCCUGCAGAGAAAUAUCACCCGCGACUUUUGCUGUUGAUUCAGUUUUGUGUUUCUACCUUGUAUGAUUUGGGACUGCACAGAAAGCCUAAUCUAAAUUUGGAUGAGCAGCGGGCCCUGCUCGGCACGUAUUGGCUGUCGGUUAGCUUAUGCAGCACACUCGGCCGGCCGGUUACCAUGAAGCAUGAUGCUCGAACCGAUGAGUGCAUUAAGAGUAUAGCAUCAUCUGCUGAGCAUCUGUCAGAUCGAUGGAUUGCGCCAUUCAUCCACCUACAGUCUUUCAUGGCCACAAUAGAUGAAGCUUACGCUUCGAUGCAAGCAAGCGGUGGAAGGAUUCUCGUCCAGAUUACGCGUGGCUCGCUGCAGCGCCAAUUUGAUAGCGUGAGGGCUUGUAUAGAGAAAGAUCUCGCAAGCUGCCCUUUGCCAACAGUGAAUGCAAUACGUACUGAAAUUAGAUAUGUGGAAAUGCGGCUCGAAGAAUUCUCUCUUCGGGAGGAACUGUGGAUUGCAGAGCCUGCCAGCGCAGUCCGGACAAGCAUGCUGAUGGGUUUAAUCCAGCAGAGCAAGGAGCUCGUUCAGACUAUCAGAAAUCUACCCGUGUCCGAGGUUUCCCAAAUAACAAUAACUACUAGUGCUCGUAUAUGUGCCGCCGUGGGCUACAUACCCACUGCAGUAUUUACUCUUCUCGAUCUCAUUACAGGCCCUACCGCCGAUUCUACCGUGGAAGCCCAGGUGCAGGCCGUUGUUGAUACAGCAGACUAUCCCAAUCUUGUCACAGAGCUUGCCAACGCAUUGGAGACGAGAUGUGAUGGAAUGUCUGCUGUAGACAAAGAGACGGACAUGGUAGGGAGCAUUUGCUCUAAAAUGCGGCUGCUAGCACGCUGUUAUCCAUAUCAAGUCAGGGCAAUUGUUGGAAUUGCCCCAUCCCAAGACGCAAGGCAGGAUACGUCUUCCAUGAUGGCAGUUCGCGCCAAUCAGGUUGCUCCAACACCCCAAGUCUGGCCGUCUAUCUACGGCGAUUUGGGCGACGACACCUUCCUUGUCGACGACAUCCAGUGGGAUUCUCUAUUGAGUAAUUUUACUGGUUUUAGCUAG